AUGAUUGUAGAAGAAGAAGUCGGGGAUCCUGUGCUUGAUGUGGUAAGAUCAAUUCACAAUAAUUAUGUAAGUGAGAUGCUUGAAUGGACAGACUUUAAAUCAACAUGUAAGCAAUUUCCCUUCAACGCACAGCCUGGCCUACAAGUUGAUUUUGAUCUAAAUGAUCCUGUUGCAGCCUUCAAGCAAUUUGUUGUUGAUGAGCUUUUGGACAUUGUAGUCACUGAAACUAACAGAUAUGCUCAUCAGCUUCUGAGUAAUAGGGCUCCGAAGAAACGUGCACCUAUGGCUAAAUGGAAAGAUUGUACUAAAGAAGAAAUUAAAAAGUUUUUAGGAAUUUUAAUGAUUAUGGGGAUUUGUCCUCUUCCUAAACGGCAGAUGUAUUGGUCCAAAAAUCCGAUAUAUGGCAACGUGGUGAUCAANUCCAAAAAUCCGAUGUAUGGCAACGUGGUGAUCAGGAAAACCAUGCCAAGAGAUAGGUUUGAUUGUUUGAUGAAAUGCUUGCAUUUCCAUGAUAAUAAUGUGCCAGUAUUAGAUGAGCCACGUCUUGCAAAAAUCAAAUGCUUGGUUACCUAUGUUAAUAACAAAUUCAAAGAAGUUCUGGUUCCUGAUGAGUCUGUGGUAAUCGAUGAAUCAAUGAUUCCUUGGAGGGGGCGCUUGCUUUUUAGGCAGUACUUGCCUGGAAAGGCACAUAAAUACGGCAUAAAACUCUACAAGAUUUGCUCUACCAACGGGUAUACUUUUAAAGUAAAAGUAUACGCAGGGAAAUCAGAUGUGUUGGCUAAUCAGGGACAUGCUGAGAAAGUUGUUAUGGAACUUAUGGAUGACAAACUACAAGUUGGACGCACUCUGUAUGUGGACAACUUUUACACCUUAGUAAAACUGGCUGAUUUAUUGUUACAAAACAAAACUUACCUGUGUGGUACCCUCCGUAUGGAUCGUAAAGGGAACCCUAAAUCUGUAACAACUGCUAAGAUAUCAAAAGGCCAAAUGGUAUCGAAGGAAAACAGCUCAGGGGUAAAGUGUUUUAAAUGGCGGGACAAAAGAGUUGUUAUGAUGCUCUCCACACGCCCUGAGGAUAGCCAGGAACUUGUUAACUCUGGUAAGAGAAAAAGAUCUGGUGAAGAAUUAUACAAGCCUACUGCUGUUUUGGCAUACAACAAUGCAAAAAAAGGCGUUGAUUUUUCCGACCAGAUGGCUUCAUCAUAUUAUACGCCUCUUCGAAAAUCACUAGCAUGGUACAAGAAGGUUGCCCUUGAGAUUUUACUUGGAUCAUGUGUAGUUAACGCAUUUGUUUUAUGCAACCAGUUUGGGCCAAGAAAAAGGGACAUGCUGCGUUUUAGGGAGAGCAUUAUAAACCACCUACUACAAAAAGAUCCUCAACCUAGAACCCAAACACCAGCUCAACAACCUAACAAGAAAAAACAUCAGUUGGCUAAGAAAGAAGGAAGCGUGAGAGCAAACAGAAAAAGGUGUGUCCAUUGCUAUCAACAGCUAUCUGCAGAAAAAGGAGCACAGGCUGCGAGGAAGCUGUCGAAGAGAGUUGUCACUUUUUGCAACACCUGUGAAGGGAAUCCCCCAAUGUGCAUAGAUUGUUUUAAUAAAAACCAUUAA